AGCUGCAUUAUAAAGCGUUACUGUGAGAAGAGGUUCGUUCCCAAAUACCUGGCAACUAUUGGUAUCGACUACGGCGUCACCAAAGUGCAGGUCAAAGACCGAGAGAUCAAGGUGAACAUCUUCGACAUGGCGGGGCACCCGUUCUUCUACGAGGUGAGGAACGAGUUUUACAAGGACACGCAGGGGGUCAUCCUGGUCUACGACGUCGGGCAAAAGGAGUCUUUCGACGCGCUGGACACGUGGCUGGCUGAGAUGAAGCAGGAGCUGGGCCCCCAUGGGAACAUGGAGAACGUUGUCUUCGUUGUCUGUGCAAACAAGAUCGACUGCACCAAGCACCGCAGCGUGGACGAAAGCGAGGGGCGGCUCUGGGCUGAGAGCCGGGGCUUUCUUUACUUCGAGACGUCGGCGCAAACAGGAGAAGGGAUCAAUGAGAUGUUUCAGACGUUUUACUCCACCAUCAUCGACCUGUGUGACAACGGAGGGAAACGCCCUCCUUCCAGCCUCGGGGUCGGCUUCACCAAAGAGCAGGCCGAUGCCAUUCGCAGGAUCCGCAACAGCAAGGACAGCUGGGACAUGCUGGGGGUCAAACCCGGAGCCACGAGGGAUGAAGUGAACAAAGCCUAUCGGAAGCUGGCCGUGCUGCUCCACCCCGACAAGUGCGUGGCUCCUGGCAGCGAGGACGCCUUCAAAGCGGUGGUGAACGCCCGGACCGCGCUUCUCAAAAACAUCAAGUAG